AUGCCGAAAUUCAUACCUCGCGAGCGCAAACACAAAGUGCUCGCGCGCCAAAAUGCGUCCACUUCCAACGAUACCUCCGCCGACGCCAACGCAACGGAGAUCGUCCCCGAAGAGCAACGCCUGCGCAAUGAGAAGAAAGCCGCAUUGAAAAAUGAGCUGGUCGCUGAGAGCAAGGGUAAAAUGUCCGGGAAGAAAAAGAAGCGCCUGGACAAAUAUGUGGAGACGAAGUUGAAGAAGGAGGAGAAUUUAGUGUUGUUGAAGAAAUUGGCGGAACAGAGGGUGGAUUUGGGUGGGUUGAGAAGUUCGAAAGCACUUGGGGGGAAGCAUGCGAAGAAGAGGGAGAGGAGGGACGAGGGGCCGGAGGAGUUUCAUUCGGACACUGAAUCCGAGGAUGAGGAUAGAGAGGUUCAAGAACGACCGAGGCCUGUAAAGGUUGCGGGGAAGCCUGAGGCGCCUGCGGAAGUGCCUGCGGAAACCCCAGCAGCAGAAACCGCGUCGAGCGCUCCGGCGAAGUCUGCGGGAAGUGGUGGCCUAUUUGGGACUGGACUGAAACGACCGCUUGAUGUUGAUGAGAGCGGGAAGCCUGUCAUACAAGUUAGGAAGAGGAGGAAAGCGAAGGGGAAACCGGUCGUCAUUGAAGAGGAGGUUCCGUGGGAAGGUUUCAGCUCAGAUGAGGGUGACAACACGGAGGAGUCCGAGUCUGGCUCUGAAGAGUCAGCAUCCGUGGGAUCCAAAGGCUCUGACGAAGAGGAGGAUGAGUCGGCGUCAGGAAGCGAAGACUCUCAAGACGAUUCGGAAGAAGAGAGCAGUAGUGACACAAGCGCGGACGAGGAUGAUAAGUCGGCGCGAAAAGAGCGCACGAACGCAUUCAAAGCCUGGGCGACAGCGCAACGAAACGAAGCGAUAGGAUUCGUCCCUACCAACAAUCUCACACACGCAAUACCGCCCAAACCGAAAGACUUCACCCCUCGAGCACCAGAGGCGGAUCCCCUCCCGCCUGAACUUGAGACCAAGACCGCGACAGAUGUCACGCGCAAAGCGUACAGCGUCGCGGUAGAGCGGACACCCGAAAUUCAAGAAGCACGACUACAACUUCCAGUUGUGGCAGAGGAACAGAAGAUCAUGGAAGCGAUACAUAACAACGACGUGGUCGUGGUUUGGGGUGCCACGGGUAGCGGCAAGACGACGCAGGUGCCACAGUUCUUGUACGAGGCUGGUUAUGGCGCGCCAGAUGGCCCAACGCCAGGCAUGAUCGGUGUCACGCAGCCGAGACGAGUUGCUGCUGUGAGUAUGUCGAAACGCGUAGGAGAUGAGCUGGGUAGCGAAAAGGCGAAAGUCGCAUACCAAAUUCGCUUCGACACCUCGACGAGCGCGAAGACGGCAGUCAAGUUCAUGACGGAUGGCGUGCUGCUACGUGAGAUUUCGCAAGACUUCAUCCUUACCAAGUACUCUGCGAUAGUCAUCGAUGAAGCGCAUGAGCGAAGCGUGAAUACGGAUAUUCUCAUUGGUAUGCUUAGCAGAAUCGUCGAUCUGCGCGCGGAUAUGACGAAGAAAGAUCCGGAGAAGAACAAGCCUCUAAAGCUGAUCAUCAUGUCUGCUACGCUGAGGAUAUCGGACUUCACAGAGAAUACACGACUUUUCAGACAAGGACCGCCACCAUUAUUGAAAGCAGAAGGGCGACAAUACGAAGUUACAAAUCAUUUUGCUCGGAAAACGCAAAGAGACUACGUUGAAGAAAUGUACCGCAAGGUCUGCCGAGGACACCGCAAGCUCCCGCGUGGAGGCAUGCUGGUGUUUUUGACCGGCCAGAAUGAAAUAACACAUCUAGCGAAACUUUUGAAGCAGACCUUCACGCCUACCCAGGGAAACGAAGUCGCAACUGGAAAGGUACAGAUCUCGCCUGAGCAGACAACGCUCGAGACCGAGGAUAUUGAGCUAGGUGCCGACAAGGACGAUUAUCAAGACCACGACGGGUCGGAUUCUGAGGACUCCAUUAUUACGGGCCUUGAUGACGACAAAGACGAAUUUGAAGAUAAGGGCGGGUUUGAUAUCGGAGAAGAGGUUGAGCAGGAAGAGAUGAAGGUCCACGUCCUACCUCUCUACUCUCAACUGCCUACGAACCAGCAAAUGCGAGUGUUCGACCCUCCACCCGAAGGAUCUCGCCUUAUAGUAUUAGCAACCAAUGUUGCUGAGACGAGUUUGACCAUUCCUGGCAUUCGAUAUGUCUUUGACUGCGGAAGAGCGAAGGAGAAGAAGUACGAUAUUGUGACUGGCGUUCAAACUUUUGAGAUUGGCUGGAUCAGCCAAGCAAGUGCAAACCAAAGAGCUGGUCGUGCCGGUCGUACUGGACCAGGUCACUGCUAUCGCCUCUACUCAUCUGCUGUCUUCGAGCGCGACUUUGAUGAGUACGCAGAACCGGAGAUCAUGAGGACACCACUCGAGGGUGUUGUUCUCCAGCUCAAGAGCAUGGGCGCUCCUGUUCUCGGCUUCCCCUUUCCAACCCCACCGGAUCGCACCAUCUUGCAGAAAGCAGAGAAUCUUCUUUCAUACCUUGGCGCCGUAUCUUCCGAUGGCAAGGUGACAAAGCUAGGCCACGAGCUGUCCUUGUACCCUCUCAAUCCACGUUUUGCAAGGAUAUUGGUCAUGGGUGUUGCACAGAACCUAACCGCACAGACUAUUGCUCUUGUAGCAGCCCUCUCCGUUCCUGAACUCAUCACUCCAGAGAAUAAACUAGGUCUGCGCGAGCCCCCGCCUGCAGAUCCAUCACACAUUCGCACCGAGCAGGACAACAUUGAGGCCGAAGAGCGGUCUCGCUUUAGGAAAGCUUACAACAAAGCGCAAGCAAAACUCGCGCUCAAUGCUAGGCAUAGCGAUUGUAUCAAGCUCAAUAACGCUGUAUGCGCAUACGCCUAUGAAGCUGAUGGCGAUGCGUUCUGCGAAGACAUGUUUCUCAAUGCGAAGGGCAUGCGGGAGGCAGGCCAGCUCAGGCAGCAGCUCACAUCCAUCGUCCGCGCACACCGCCCGACAGCGAUCUCCGCAUAUCAAGCAAAGCUUCCUGCACCUUCUAGCUCGCAGAUUAACCUGCUGACGCAGAUCUGUGCAGCCGGCUUCAUAGACCAGAUUGCACUGCGUGCAGACCUCGCCCCUAUCCCGCCGGAACUCCCACGCAAGCCCAAAACCGCGAUAGACGUUCCAUACCUCACGCUCUUCUCUUCCUCUACUCAAAGAGCCAACAAAGACGACCCAGCACGCCAAUAUGUCUACAUACAUCCAUCAUCCCUGCUCGCUCGUACUCCGCCCGCAAAACUCCCAGCCUACAUCAUCUACUCGCAUCUCCAGCGCGCAGCGUCCUCAACUAUCGACGCUGUUACAUCUCCCAAAACGCGCAUGCAUCCUCUAACGCCUGUCACACGCCCUCAAAUCAUCAACAUUGCGCUUAACACGCCGCUAUUGCAGGUAGGCAAGCCGAAGGGCAAGAUCGUGGAGAUGGGCAAGGAAAUGGGUAUUGAGAGGAGGGAGUGCGAGGUUGAGAUGGCGCUGCAGGGUGAGAAAGGAACUCAGGGGUGGGGUUUGGGUGUGAAGAGGGUCAUACAACGCAGAGAUGUGGCGACGAAGAUUUGGAGUGUGGAGAGAGUUACAGGUUGA